AUGCAUGUGUCUGGGAAGUACGACAGGAUCAUCCAUGAGGACUCCGACGCAGAGAUAAAGAACCAGGCGACCAACACGUCGGAUGUCUCCAUCGUGGCAUCCGAGGAGAGGCAGCUGGUUACAGUCGGGAUGAAGCUGGCUUUCAUGUGUUUGUGCCUUCUGCAUUUGACCGUUGUCGGUGCCGGACAAUUCAACCGCAAAGAGCCUCGCAAAGACCGCGGCAAUGCGCCGGCCAGAGCCCAGAAGCCUCAGCACCUCGGCACAGGGUCUGUAAUCCUAUCCCGACAGAGACCCCUGUUUGCGAGGAGAGGACAGUAUGAAAGACAAAGGAUCCAUACAUCGAAGCCCAGAGUGACCCCCGCUCGUCCAAAUGGCGCUCUGGCUUAUUCCAAAGCGGGACCCAGACCUGUGAAGCCGAAGUGCUCUCAGCUGACACAGAGCUGUUUGCCCCAGUUUGGCUGCUGUGACACAAACGCCGCAUGCCACUGCCGCUUCUUCAACGCCAUCUGCUUCUGCCGCCGGUCGUAA